CAGCGCAGCGCCCCGCCCCCUUCAUUCCCCGCACGGCUCACGAUACCAUAGCCUACUUUUGAGGAGCUGUCGUAAAAUAUCAAUAUUUUCGGAUUUUUAUGUGUUAUUUACUUGAUUUCUGUGAAACUUUACAUCUUCACGAUGGACAAGUGUGGAAUAUGCGAUAAGCCCGCUGUUCAGUUGUUUGAGACCGGCAAAGAUGGUGUGUACGCCUGCUUCAAGUGCCAGCCGCUGGUGCCCGAGGUGACCAUAGAGGAUGAUGUUACGGCGGAGGAGGCCUCAGACCCACUGGACGUCUCUGAGGAGGGCAAUGGCUCACUGUUGUGUGGCAUUUGCCACAAGACGUUUCAGAAGAACACGCAGCUGCAGAACCACCUGCGGAACCAUAGAGCCGAGAGGAGGUUCGUCUGCACCUACUGCAAUAAAGCAUUCUCCCAGUCGAACAACCUGCGUGCGCACCUCCGCAUACACACCAACGAGCGCCCUUACAAAUGCAACGAGUGUGGGAAGGCCUUUACGCAGGUGACCAACCUGAACAACCACGUGCGCCUGCACACCGGCGAGCGGCCCUUCGUGUGUCCGGAGCCCGGCUGCAACAAGGCCUAUGCACAGGUUACGAACCUGAAUCAGCACCGCAAGCGGCACCUGGGUGGCCGCACCGUAGAGAGUACUUAUGACUGCACCAUCUGCGGCCAGCAGUUCCAGCAGCGCAACCACAUGUACACGCACAGACGCGAGGCGCACUACGGCGCGCGCAGCCCGGCGCGCGCGCCGGCGCGGCACGCGUGCAAGCUGUGCGAGCGCCGCUUCAGCACCGAGCGGCAGCUCGUCGCGCACGUAGCCCAACAUGUGCCCGACCAGCAGGACCAGCAGGAAGAUGAGAGCGAAGGCACGUUCUCCUGCGUGUUCUCCUCGUGCGGCGCGCGGCUGUCGUCGCCGCGCGCGCACACGGAGCACCUGCUGCGCGCGCACCAGCUGCGCCUGCACGCCGCGCGCCCGCAGCAGCCGGCGCCCGCGCUAGUGGCGCAGCAGCCGCCCAAACGGGGACGCCCGCCCAAGAUUAUCAAAGUGGGGUCAAUGGUUAACUUCAAGGAUUCAAUAUUUAACGAUGUAAAAAUCAUAAAGCAGGAAUCUCAAUUUCUGCCCAAACUAAAAGUGCAGAGUUUAUUCCAGUGAACUAAUAACAAGUGUAACACAGUGGACAUCGAUCUAAUGAGUUGACAGACUGCUGGUUGAUCUGUAACUCAGUGGACGUCAACUAGUAACACAAUGGACUUGUUUUGGACGUGAAAUUAACGUUAAGAGUUACAUGUAAAAAAUUAUGGACCUUGUUAAUGUAACUUUGAAUCUAAUAGGAAGAUAGGAGCGUUAUAAAUAGAAGUCAGAAGUGCUUUAAAAUUCGAUGUAUCGGCUCGAUUCGGGA